GUCUCGUCCGUUUUUCAGUCUGUCAGCGAAGUUGCUCGAGCUCGCAUUCGUCCCGACUAAUUUUCGGUGUUUCGUUGUGUGAAAAGUUUUCAUUUUUAUUGUUGGACCAGUUAAUUGUCGUUCUCUACUUCCUCCGAACUUUGUUCCACUAAUUUCCGUGACAUUUGUGCGUUGAAUUUGUGUGCUUUCUACCGGAUUUUUUUAUUUUGUGCAUGUGGAACAUCUAUUUUUAAAACUCGUAAUGGUUACGCGCGUACCAAUCAAACACCGACGCUGAACCGCGCGAGAGGCCAUCUUUUGGGUGUAUUUUUUUAAAUCUACGUGUAAAAAACAUGCCCGCAAACAUUAUUUGAUAUUCGCUGUUUUUGUUUUUGUUCGACGAUAACCGGACCCGCUUUAUAUAUGGUAAAGAUGUCAGUAAUGCAGAUGCAGCAAGCCAAACGGCAGCAAUGCUACCUGUGCGAUCUCCCUCGCAUGCCCUGGGCAAUGGUGCACGAUUUCUCCGAAGCAGUUUGCCGAGGAUGUGUCAACUACGAAGGUGCAGACCGAAUCGAAGUGGUCUUGGACGCGGCGAGACAAAUGAAACGCGCCCACGGCUUCCAGGAAACGAGGGGAUCGAGUCACGGAGCAAGCAAGAGUCACAGGGAUCACCAGAACGGUGAAGUGGGUGGUGGCUCGAGCAGGUCUCAGAGUCAAUCCGCCGCUCAUCAUCAGAGUUACGGGAUGCAUCACGGGCGCGGGAGUAUGUUGGAGGGGUAUGCAAGUGCACAGCCACCCCCGCCGAGUAGGGGAGGGCAGGGACUAAGUAGAGCGCAGGUGGAUGGGCAGCAAGAGCACGAGGCUUUAGUGACCAGAACCGCCGUCCGCCUCCCCACGCAUUUGACAGCCGCCGCUCACCACUCGCUCCAGACUCACCACCACACGUCGGCCGCCCCUCGCCAGCAAUCCCUGCCGACGCAGGGCAUCAAGCGCGGCCUCUCCAGCGCCGACGACGACGAUCACCACGCUCACCACCACACCAACGGCGAGGUGGUGGCGGCCAAGCGCAUGCUCUCGGUGGACGAACACGCCGCGGUCAGGCAGGAGCCGCAGAUGGUGAGGCCGCCCCUCACCCGUGGCGAGAGUCUUCCUGCCGUGAGCUUGGCGCAGCCAUUCGUGGUGAGCACGGAGAGAAGUUUCAAGCAGGAGAAGCACCCGAUCAGGACGGGGUCGUUCGAUUCGGGAGCGGCUUUCAAAGGAACUGUACCAGUGUCAAUCGCUUCGGCCAACGGUUCCAGCAGCUCUCCACUGAACAGAACGAGUUCACCGCCAGAUGUAAACACUUCCGUUCCGGGAGCACCACAAACCCAGCCCCAGGGAACUACCGGUCAGAACCCGAUGGCCGCGCUCAUGUCCGUUGCUGAUAACUUGCCUCCGGGGAGUCCCAGGUCUACAGGGGGUAGUCCUCCGGGAAACGCCGCCCCGAGAAGCGCUAGCAGGGGUAGUCAACACUCGCCUAACUCCACAGCCGGUUCGACGAGCAGUCGCAGGUCCAGCGGCUCGCGCCACGUCAGCUCCACGACAGUGACGUCGACGGAGGCCGGGGCCAUGACCAGUGGCGGCGGCAACGAAGCCCUGGCCGGCACCGGAGAGAACGUAGCCACCGCGGCCGCUCCCGCUGCCACUGCCACGCUUAAAUGCACCCUGUGCCAGGAGAGGUUGGAGGAUACGCACUUCGUGCAGUGCCCCAGCGUGCCCCAUCACAAGUUCUGCUUCCCGUGCAGCAGGGAGAGCAUCAAGAGACAGGGUGCUGGAUCUGAGGUGUACUGUCCGAGCGGUGAGAAAUGCCCGCUGGCCAACUCCAACGUACCCUGGGCCUUCAUGCAGGGCGAAAUCGCCACAAUCCUAGGCGAAGAAUACAAAGUGAAGAAGGAAAGGGAAUCGUAAAGGGCCGUAUCGUCGAAUUUGGAGGAAAAACCCGUAAAAUUUUGUGGAAAUGGCCGAAAGCGUCGUUGUCAGAACCAUUAAGGAGAAGGAACAAAUAAUAUGGCGAUUGCUCGACAUUUUUAUCGAACGGAAACGGAACGAGAAGAGAGGAAAAGCGUUAAAGAAAGAAUAUUUUGUUAGUAGAAAUAAUCCCAACAUGGCUGUGGAAGUUUAUAUAAUAGUUUCGUUAAAAAAAACAAACAAGAAUCUUCUUGUUUUAUUCUGUUGUCUCUUUUUACUGUGAAAGGCUAUACAGUUUCGCCGAAAAUUUCCUGUACAUAGUACAUAGUAACGUAGAAGAUAUUUAAGAGAUUUUUAGAGAAAAAAAACUUAUUGUGACACAAUUAAUAUAAUACUUUUUAUUUUCUUUGUGGCGGACUUGUAAAUAUAUUUGUCGUCGUUUGUACUAUACCCUAUUAUAGAUCGGCAUGCUAAAUGUACAAAUCAUCUAUAUAUUUAAGUUUAUUCGUUGUUUUAUUUUGUUAUUCAUUAUUUUUUUCGUCAUUGGGAUUUAAUUCCGCGUUUUUAUUUUUAAUUUCUUAUAUUUAUUUUUUUUUCAAACGAAAAAGUUUUAAAUAUUUUUCUUUCUUUACAGAAUUUGAUAAUUUUUUAUUACAGUUAAAUAAAAACAGUUGUCUUUUUCGGUUUCUUUGUUUUCUUUUUUCGUUGUGCGGAGACAAAAUGGGAAAUAAAUAUGAACUAGUCAAAAAAAACUAAUAAUAAAACGCAAAGUCCUGUUGGGACUUUGACAGAUAGGAACUCCAACACUCGCUGAUAUUUUUAAGAGUAUUUAAACAUUUUUUAAUAUUAAUGCAUAUAUAAACCGGCCGAUGUGUCAGUAUCGGUUUAUUAUAGAGAAAAACCCGGACUUGUUUGGAACUACAUCUAUGUACCGGGGAUGUUAGAAAUGUCUUUGUUUAGAUACGAGUUUUAACUUUGAGUACUUUUACACCAAGCCUAGCACUACCGGUGUUCGCCGUUCAAAUUUAGCAAAGCUUUGUUUAAAAUCUGCGUAUACACUUACUUACUUACUGCCAUUACUCGCUGAGGAGUAUUUGACACGCAUCUGAAGAUGGUUACGUAAGGCGUUUCCUGUCAUGGGCUUUUCUGUGACUGAAAAGCCCGAUAAGUGAUGUUAUCUCUCUUCCGCACUCUGGACAUUCAAAAAUCUCAUUACUUUGUUGCCUCUUUACUUUUUGGUAGUCGUUGUUAACUGAGUUUACAAUUCUCCUCCAUUGCGUUCUAUUGUGUGCUGCUUCCUCCCAGUGACGCUGCAUACUUAUCCCCUUUAAAGCGUAGUUUACACAGGAUAGAAAAUUGCGAUAGAACUUGCUAGAGUAACUUGCGAUAGUGUUUACAUUUAACCAAAUUUUAAAGCAAUUUCUUGCAACAAGUACUUUCUAGGCAUAUGCUUUGAGCAAGAAAUUGCAUGCACGUAUACACGGUAUGGUGUAUAUUGCACAAGUAUAUUGUUUAGUAGAAAAAUGUCGCGCUGUAAAAAGAGAGCUGCAGCCACUGCUCUUCUUGUUGCAAUUUUACGCAAACAGAAAAUCUAGAAAAAGAAUAUGGGUUAAAUAAUGGAUUGCCAGAAGGCCUAGUCUUGGAGCUUACGCGAUGUUAUUAAAAAAAUAAGAAAUGAAGACCCAAAGCAUUU